AUGGGCGAGACGUCAGAAGCGCCAAAGAAGCUGCCAGUAGCCGAGAAGACGGCUCGCAUUGCCAACCAACGUCAACGCCUCAAAGGCCUCGUGUUCCAAGAGGAGCUGGAGCCGGCGUACUGUCUCAUUGACGCUGUGGCGCAUCAAGUGGAAGUUAACCAUGUAGCUUGGAUUCCUCCAAGUAAGUGUCCCAAACGGGACCAAGAGUUAAGGUUAGGAGGAAAAGAGAAGAGCAAGGUCCUCACCUUGCACGAGAACACCGUUACUCUUGCUCCCGUUGCAGAUCAGUUAACGGCAAGCCGUGCUACUUCUCUUGAGAUCCAGUGGUGUUUGCAGCGCAGAGGACUAGCGUAUGACAUGAAUCAGGUCAUCUCCUGGGAGACUCACGAAUCCUGGGUUUCCUACUUGAUGCAGCGCCUCACGCGAGAGGCUCCGCCCAAUUAUGCAAGCGUAGGGAUCAAUCAGAUCCUGAAAGCUGAUUCCGAGCUUUUUCUCUUGAUCGCUAAAGAAAUUACUCAAGUACGAGCUGACUCCACUGGGAAGAUGCCCGUAGAUGAAGCCAUGCAGAAGCUUCGUCACGAUCCGCGUGUAGUGAUGCACCUGCUUCCUCUCCCCAAGGGUCAGUCCAGCAGUGCGGCUCCUGUUGACGAGACAGAGCCUUCCCGUGGGAGAAAGCGCCAGAGAGAACGUACUGGGGGUCUUCUAGCUCCUGUGAAGACAGCUAAUCUUCCGAAAGAGCUGCAGGAUUGCCCUCAUCUGACCCACUCGGAUGGAAACCAGGGCAUGGAGCCAGGAAGUGCUGGUUUAAACCAGCCAACAAGGGAAAAGGAAAAGGAGGCAAAGGAGCUCGACCUGGAAAAGGACAGGGCGAAGCCAAAGAGUGACAAUCAAAGGCAUGAUGGCCCAUCUUACGUUUUCGAGCCAUUCGUUGAGAGCAAUUUUGCCUCCGAGCUCUCAGAAGCCGAAUCCCUUGCAGUCAAGCUUUUGCGGCAGGGAGCACUAGACGGCAGCAGCUUUAUCACGGGAGCCUUCCGACAUGGUUCUCACAAUCACAUUGCGGCGCUGACCUCCUUUGCUGGAGGAGGAAUCAGAGUGUACAGAGCCGACUCAACAGAAGAUCUGAGCUUCGGGGCCUCAGGUACAUUGCAGUUUGACGCUCAUUUCGAUCAUGAGACGUUGCCAUGGUCGUUGGGAGACAGACUUGUCCUAGUUGCCUUUUCCGUAGGUUGCAUUGAAAACCUUGAGCCAGAGUCCUUCAACCUUUUGCAUUCCUUUGGGAUCCCGCUACCAUGUGACAUACGCCACGCAAAGCCCUCUGAGCUCGCGACCACUGGUGAGCCAGACUUGGGCAUGUGUCUGGAGAUUUUCUCAGGAUCAGCACGGCUGAGCAUGGCCAUGCAAGCAGCAGGCUUUCAAGUUCUGGCCUUCGAUCACAAAGCUAGUUCCGCUUUUCCAACUCAAUUGUUGGAUCUCACGAGUCCAGAGCAUCAGGACGCCUUGUGUGAGAUCAUUGUGGACAAUGCCUCGCGCCUACAGCAUAUUCACAUAGCACCUCCAUGUGGUACGUGCUCCGCCGCCAGAGAACGGCCAAUCCCAGGUUUUGCAGAAGCUGGACUGGCAUCUCCUGCCCCACUUCGGGACGCUGAGAACCCCAUGGGAUUACCUGAUCUUCAGGGCACAGACUUGAUAAGGGUCACGCAGGCGAACUGCCUUUACACCUUUGUUUGUCACCUAGUGCAGUUGGCAAAAUCACUUGGAGUCGCCGUGUCAAUAGAGAAUCCUGGCAAUAGUUGGAUGUGGUAUCUGCCUCCUUUCCUUGAUCUCUUCACUGAGGUUGCAGGGGAACUCUUGCCAGCCUUUGAUAGCGAGACGUCAGUCAGAGUCUGUGGCAUGUGCACUCCAUCCAACUUUGGCGAGACCUGCGAAGUAGUAUGGUUGUCGGGCUGGAUGAAGAACGCCAACCUUUUUGUCCCAGACCCUAGACCUCCAAAGACAACCUUGCCCACGCAGAUGAGCACCGCAGAAGCCCGCAACAAAGCCACUCUAGCAAAAGUGGCUUCCCAUGUGUGUGAUGACAUUGCCUUGGCCGCCUGGGAGGAGACGACCCAGGAGCUUGAAAAGGGGUGGAUUUUCGAAGACAAGCAGCCCAACCUCGACUCGUGUCUGAUCUCAAGGCGCUUCGGAGUCCGUCAAGGAGCCAAAGUCCGUGUAAUAGACGACCUUCAUGGAGUGGAGUUCAUAUCCGCCUUGCUUUCCAAAGCCCUUGAUGACCCCAGGUCGGCCGAUGCAAUUGUCGAAGGGAAGACCCUUGACUUGACAUCUGCAUACAAGCAGUAUGCGGUGGCCCCUGAAGAUAGGGAAGUGUUCCGCCUGGCUGCAUUCAAUCCUUCCACCAAAGAGGUUAAAGUAUUCGGAGCUUGUUCCUUGCCUUUUGGCACCACGGGCAGUGUGUCCGGAUUUUUGAGGACAGCCGCAGCGACCUGGCACUUGGGUGUAGUUAAGGUAGGCCUUGCUUGGUGUAAUUAUUUCGAUGACUAUCCCAUGCUUAGCCUCCGUUCUCAUGCCUGCCAAUCAGACCAGUGUGCAAAAAGAUUACUUGACCUCCUCGAAUUAGCCUAUGCCACCUCAGACAAAAAGGCUACGGAAUUCAGCACCGUCUUCCGUGCCUUGGGCCUACUCUUCGACCUUUCCAAGUUCGGACCCCGUGGGACAACCCAUCUGAGUCCCGAGCUGCGUGAGUCCCUCACCUUCCUCUUGGACAAG